AAUUAGUAUUUUCUACCUUCAGAAAUUAAUGGCCAUGAGUUCGUACAUGGUGAACUCCAAAUAUGUGGAUCCAAAAUUUCCUCCAUGUGAGGAAUAUUCGCAGAACAACUAUAUACCUGACCAGGACACUGGGUACUACAGUCCAUCGCAGGACACCGAUUUCCAGCAUUCUGUAAUCUAUUCACGGUCAAACUACACCGAGCAGUCCUUCAGCUGUAACACAGUGCAGGGUUCCGCCGUGCAACCGCGGGGUCAUGUGCAGGAGCAAGCCAGCCAGCCCGUCUCUUUCAGCGCUCAGACCGGGCAAUGCCCGCCGGCCCAGAUGUCCGGGCCACGGACUUACGGACAGCAACAAAACACAAAGAACCAAAACGGGAUGCCCGCCAAGCAGCCAGCAGUAGUUUACCCCUGGAUGAAGAAAGUCCACGUUGCAACGGUGAACCCGGAUUACACAGGACCAGAGCCCAAACGGUCACGGACAGCAUACACCAGACAGCAGGUUUUGGAACUGGAAAAGGAAUUCCAUUUUAACAGGUAUCUUACUAGGCGGCGUCGCAUUGAGAUCGCCCAUACCCUCUGCCUCUCCGAGCGCCAGAUCAAAAUCUGGUUUCAGAACAGAAGAAUGAAAUGGAAGAAAGAUCAUAAACUGCCAAACACCAAAGGCAGAUCCUCCACAGCUACUAGCCAGCAUUUACAAAGCGCCCAGAAGGACAACCAGACUGAUAUCACAACUUUAUAAAAGAAGAAGAAACGUGUCCACACCUUACAACUGGCUUGUAUACCAGACACUGUUUCAUGUGACUGCGUGUUCUCCAGACAUGACAUUUUGGUCACUGCCAUUUCAUGAGAAACGGAAGCAAACCUCACCAACACAAAGUCUCCAGAAGCUAUAGAGCAUGGGCUCACUGAAUUACCAUCAUGUCGACCACUUUAACUAUUAUUCUCCACAGCAGAUAUGAAAAACAUCACCUGCUUCAGCGAGGUAUAGUAGAUAACUAGA